UUUGAUAUUUGAUUUUUUUAUUCUCUAUUUAUCUAAAUUUAUUUUCCAUGCAGUAAUUUCAUGUUACUACCUCCGUCCCAGAGUAUUUGUCCACUUUCAGUUUUACACACCAUCCAAUACACUUCUUUAAUCCAUUUUAUCUUGUAAUUUGUAUAUUAAAAAAUUAUAGAAAUUAUAUAUUAAUAAUCUAUAUGUUAAGACAAAUCAAACAAGAUCACACAUGACUAUAUUUAGGCUUACACAUUGAGAGAAUUUGAUGAGUCAAAGUGCUUAGAUGAACAGUUUCAAAAGUCAAAAGUGGACGAAUAUAGCGGGACGAAGGGAGUAUUCGAUUACAAAGUNCCAGAGUAUUUGUCCACUUUCAGUUUUACACACCAUCCAAUACACUUCUUUAAUCCAUUUUAUCUUGUAAUUUGUAUAUUAAAAAAUUAUAGAAAUUAUAUAUUAAUAAUCUAUAUGUUAAGACAAAUCAAACAAGAUCACACAUGACUAUAUUUAGGCUUACACAUUGAGAGAAUUUGAUGAGUCAAAAAGAGAAAGAGAAGGAUGUUUGAUGGGCAGAGGGAGAAGGAGACCUUGACUCAAUUCUUAACCCGCUGGAGGGACGAGGUUGACAAGGUAGAAGAGAUGGACGAUAAGACGGCCAUGUCUUUGUUGAUGAAUGCCUUCCGGUCAGGUGACCUCUACACUGAAUUCUGUAGGAGGCCGCCCUCCUCUUAUCAGGAAGCCUACAAUACGGCAUGGGAAUAUGCCGAGGCAGAAGUGCUGAACAAGAAUAAGCGGGAGCUGGAAGAAGGCUACACAAAGUCGAAAUCCGACAAGCCGAAGAAAGAUGAGCAGACAGGAGGGUCCAAACUAAAGGCUACAUAUGACGGAUCCAUCCACCAAAUAAGGGAUGAUAAUAAAGGAGAGCAACCCAAGAGACAAUGGACGGAGAAGUGGUGUACCUACCACCAAUCUGAUUCCCACAACACGGCGGAUUGCCGAAAUGUCAAGGGUGUGCUCAAGGAGAUGGCCUUGAAAGGAGAGCUUGGGGAAGGGAAGGAGAAAAUCCGGGAAGAUAACAACAAUCCGGAUAAAGAAUUCAUACAGAUGAUUGUCGGCGGCCUAGAAGGCGGGGAUACUGCCUCCCAGCGAAAGAACUGGUCCAGGAGCUUGCACGUGGCUGUGCUUUCCCUGGAGUCACAUGGGAAGCAGGCAAGGAGGGAACCUAUCACUUUCACUGAUAGGGAUCUGCCCAGGACAGGGGGAGAUCAUAAUGACCCUUUGGUCAUUACAAUGGACAUCAACGGGGCUGAUGUGGCUAGGGUCCUGGUUGACACAGGAAGCAGUGUCAAUGUUCUGUACUUGGAUGCUUUCAAGAAAUUGAAGCUGGACAGGUCCAAGCUGAGGCCAUUGCAAAUCCCAUUGUCACGCUUCACUGGAGCCAGCAUAGAAGCAGAAGGUCAGAUCACCUUACCAGUUACUAUGGGGUCAGGUAACAGGACAGUGACCAAACAAAUGAGAUUUGUUGUGGUCGACAUCAAGUGUGUGCAUAAUGCCAUUCUGGGUAGGCCUGGGAUCAACCAGGUCAGGGCUAUUAUUUCCAUGGCACACUUAUGCAUGAAGUUUUACACUCCCAAUGGAAUCGGGGAGGAAAGGGGUGAUCAAAAGAACGCCCGGUCCUGCUACUUGGAAGCAGUCAAGAAAAUGAGCCGCCAAUUCGAACAAAUUGAUUUGGUAUCCCAGCAAGUAGACAAGGGAGAGGAGAAGGCUAGGAUUGAGCCGGAUGCAAACACGGAGGAGAUCCAGAUUGAUGCAUCCAAUCCUGAGAGGAAGGUCAAAAUUGGGGCUGAUCUUCAGGGAGAGCUAAGGACUGAGGUUGUCCAGGUUCUGACCAUGUAUAAAUCUUUGUUUCCCUGGAGUGUUGCUGAUAUGCCCGGAAUUGACCGGUCAGUCAUUUGCCAUCAUCUCUCUGUUCUUGAGGGGUCAAGGCCUCCUGACCUUUUUCCUCCUCUCCACCCUGGAAGUCUUGUGGGAACUCUUCCUUUUCUGAGAAGAAGAAUGACCGGUCCCCUUCCCUUUGGCCUUGACAUCCUUCUUGGGAUAAGGGACCCGGUCACUUUCAAAGAGAUGGGUGGCUGGAGGAGAGUUCGGUUUUUGGCUCUGUUCAUGGGUAGGGCUACACCGGGCACUUGUGGCCCCAUCCAUUUCAGGGAAGUAAGGAGGAGAAGGAGGCUUGGAGAGAGGAGACCGGUUGGAGUGGAGGACUUGGACAUCAUCGUCGUCAUCCUCAAUGAUGGUGGUCAUCCUGUUGAAGUUCAUGUCUGAAAAAAGAACAAAGCAACUAAUGACCGGUUAGUUCUUAAGCCUUGUACAUAAAUAAAGAAAAUGAAAGUAGGAAGCUUAA